UAGUUUUGUUUUAAGUGAGAGCGGAGCUGAAGGAGCUUCUGAAGGGGUCGGCUCUGUUCCCUUCUUCCACAGAAUGAUUCGCUUUAUCUUAUUCUGGACGUACAUUUCGUUCCUUCGGUUCUCUUGCGGAUUUGGCCUUGCCUAUGUGCCAAUAUCAGGUGGAGGAUCACAGGAGACUGCUAAAAGGAGAAGGGAGGCUUUGGGAGGAGCAGAAUUUGGAGAAAAGAUCCAAUUCAAGCCUGCAGCCGCAAUGAUUACAGUGUCUCCAGGCAACCCCGCAAGCUUCAAUUGUUCUAUUGUUCUACCUGGAUAUCAACAGGAUCUGCACAUUAAGUGGCUAAAGAAUGGCGAAUACCUAAUUGAUUGUGACCGCUGUUCAUUCAAAGGUAUCUCCUUUAGUGACAGUAGCGGCAGAUCCACGAUCAUGAGCACCUGCAGAAUUGAAAAUGUAGUCCGCUCUGAUGCUGGUGCCUAUUACUGUUCGAUACAAGUAGGUGAUGAGCUGUUUGAGUCGGAGAAGAAAAUCCUUGAAAUAGAAGGUUUGCCAAGUUUUAUUCAACAGCCAGAGUCGAAGAAUGUGUCAAGAAAUGCCAGCUUUAAUCUCACCUGUGAAGCUGUUGGCCCCCCUUAUCCUGUGGAUAUCCACUGGUUACAUGAUGGCGUUCUGAUACAGAGAGUUGCAAACACCACUCUUUCUGUUCUGAAUGUAGACGGUGUCGAUAAACAGACAAGAUAUAGUUGUGAAGCUCACAAUAAGAAAGGAGUUACAGUUUCGAGGAAAGCUCAAGUUAACAUCAAAGAGGCCCCAGAACCACCAGUUGGCCUAUGGAUUCGUAACCAGACGGCGCACGUGAUCGUGGUUUCGUGGAAGCCCGGCUUUGAUGGCUACGCCCCUCUAAACAGUUGCCAAAUCCAGGUCAAGAAGGUUGCAGAGGGUGAAAACAACGUGAUAAGUUUUGUGACCACGACAGUUCCACCAUACAACUACAGCAUCCUUAAACUACAAGCAAUGACUUCUUACAUCAUUAGAGUUUCGUGUAGGAACGAAAUUGGAUGGUCAAACUACUCUUCCGAGAUCCAGGCCAAGACAACAGAAGGGGUCCCAACGGCACCUCCUCAUAAUAUCAGCGUCCUUGUGAAUGAUGCCUCAUUGACUGUUCAAUGGAUUGGACCUCCGGAAGAGGAAAUUAAUGGCAUCCUGUUGGGCUACAUGUUGAGCUAUGACUGGAAAGGUAGUAGGUCCCCUGUUAUAAAAUCACUUGCAUUGGAUGCCGGUGAGAACAUUAGUCAAGGCAUAAUCGAUGUUCAGACAACAAAUGUUACGUACAAGGUCCAAGUGGCUGCAUAUACUAAAGUUGGAGUUGGACCUUACAGCAAACCUGUGCAUGUGUUUGUUGAAAGUAUUGAUGAGGUCCUUUCACCAGUCUCGACUGCUCCAGCUACCAGUGGUAAAAAUGGUCACUUACAGAUGGUCCUGAUUGGAAUGAUUUUUGUCAGCCUUGUCAUGGCAGCCGUGAUUGUUACAGCUGUCAAAAAGCGAGUGAAAGAGACUAGAUUCGGGACUGCAUUCAGCGAUGGAGAAGACACUGAGCCAACUGUUCAUUACACAGUGAAGAAAACCUACUUACGACGGACGGUUGAGCUUUCAUUGGGUCAUCUGGGAGUCCGGGAGGAGUUGAAAGAGAGGCUGCAGGAUGUAAUGACAGACAGGAGCCUCCUGACUCUGGGCAAAGCUCUGGGAGAGGGGGAAUUUGGGUCUGUAAUGGAGGGACAUCUUAAACAGGCUGAUGGCAGUAGCUGGAAAGUUGCUGUUAAAACCAUGAAAUUGGAUGACUUCUCACUGAGGGAAAUUGAAGAGUUCCUGAGUGAAGCAGCUUGCAUGAAAGAUUUUGAUCAUCCAAAUGUCAUUAAACUUUUGGGUGUGUGCUUGGAACUGGGCUCCAGAGAGCAGAUCGCAAAGCCUAUGGUCAUCCUUCCCUUCAUGAAAUAUGGUGACUUGCACAGCUUCCUGCUGCGCUCAAGGCUUGAACCAAAUGCUGAGUACAUUCCGCUGCAGACUCUGCUGAAGUUCAUGGUCGACAUUGCCAGUGGCAUGGAGUACCUGAGUAAUCGGAACUUUCUCCACCGGGACCUGGCAGCCAGAAACUGCAUGUUACAGAUGGAUAUGACAGUAUGUGUAGCAGACUUUGGCUUAUCCAAGAAAAUCUACAGUGGAGACUACUACAGGCAAGGCCGGAUUGCUAAGAUGCCAGUGAAGUGGAUUGCUGUGGAGAGUCUUGCUGAUCGAGUUUUCACAGUUAAAAGUGAUGUGUGGGCAUUUGGCAUUACGAUGUGGGAGAUAGUUACCCGGGGGAUGACUCCUUACCCAGGCAUUCAGAAUCACGAGAUUUAUGAGUAUCUGCAAGCAAAUCACAGGCUGAAACAGCCUUCGGACUGUCUGGAUGAAGUGUAUGACAUUAUGUACUCCUGUUGGCGAAUGGACCCUGUGGACAGGCCUACAUUUUCUGAUUUGAAAUCCAUUCUCUCUAAGGUUCUCGAUAGUUUGCCCAAAAUCCAGGGCAGGGAAGAUAUCAUUUAUGUCAACACAGGAAUUUCAGCAGAGAAGAGAGAGUUGACUGAAGAUGCCUUUUGUGAUGUAGACUUGUCUGAUCCUGCUGAGGUUGCCUUGUGCAGCCAGGAUUGUGCAGAAGCCACUGUUACUGUAGAAAUCCAUGGACCCUUGGACCUGGAAGGACGGUACAUCACCACAGAUGUCCCUGAUCAGCAGGAGAGUGCAGAGGAUGCAACAACGCCUUUGUUACACAAUGCCUGUCAAAGCAACAGAGCAACAUUGCCCCAAUCUGGGGAUAUUCCAUUCGCCGAUGAUUCGUCUGGAGACUCGGUUGUAGUGUGAUGGAUAGAGAAGAGCUCAUGCAUUUAGAGUCAGCAGAGACUGUGGAUGCUGGAAUCUGAAAAGAAAAGCAAACUGCUGGAGGAACUCAACAACAUCUGCGGAGGCAAAGGGAUGAUCAUUGUUUCACAUCGGAAUGCUGAUUGUCCCUUUGACCCCACAGACAUCGCGGGCACCUCCUGCCUUUUGCUCAGGAAGUUAGCUGUGUUAAAUAUAUUUGUCAGUGGACAGAUGUAAAGUGUUGUCGGACCAAAUAUGUUUUCCUAUUUUUUUAAUGCAAAAAAAAAUAGAUGAUACUGUGAUAUAUUACAUGUGUGUUUUAAAUCAGUUGUCAUUUAAGCUGAGAGCAAUCACUUCGGUGAUCCAGUCGUGGCUUGAUGAUAAAUCAGGGACUGUUUUGAAGGUUUUAUUUUUGUACGUUUCCUUUUGGUUCUGAGGAUAUUUGGGGCAUUAAAAUGAUUUAUAGGA